AUGCUGGCACAGCAAUUGAAUUGGUGGGGACCAGGCACCUUUCAAGAACAAUUGGAAAAGGCAUAUCAGGAUUUUGUGGCCUAUUGCAGAACCAAGAAACUUGGCCAUUCACAGCCGCCUUUCAAAUUGAGCAAAGUCAAGAUGAAAAAGACUGGGGAGAUUAUGCUUGCUGCCAAGGCAUGGAAUGGUCGUGUGGUUUGCUCAUGGCUGGCUGAUACUAUGGUACUAGCCUGUGCUGGGGCGGAUCCUGGAUUCGAUGAGGGGCGGCUGUUUCUUGAAUCCCACGCAGCGACAUCCAUGGCUCAAUUUUUCUGGCUCACUGAGUCAAAUCCACGGGAGCUGUGUGAAGAAGAGGCCCACAAGAUCUACGCUUCGGGGCAUGAGUUUUUGCGCUCAUAUCGGUCUCUUUGCACUAUCUCUGCGCGACAGAACAAGCAUGAGUUCCCACUCAAACCAAAAUACCAUGCUUUUUUGCAUGUUCUUCGUGAAGUAAAGCGGUUCAGAAAGAAUCCUCGAUUUACCCACACAUAUAUAGAUGAGGAUGCUAUGCUGUGGGCCAAAAGUACUUCCAGGUUUUCCCAUCCCAAGAAAAGAGCAAUUUGGCUCAUCAAAUGUCAAAGAUUGAGGUUGAAAGUGAUGAAACACAAGAUGAAACAGCUUUUGAAGGGUGCCAAUCGCUGA